UCAAAUUGUUAAACCAUUAAUGGUGAAAUAGGUUAUAGGUAACGUUAACGCAUAUUUUAUGACAUAAUUUUGAGGUAUGCAUAUGCAAGGAGUAUGUCAACUAAAUGAAAUUAAGAAAGAUAACACAGAAGUUAAAAACCAAAAAAAGAAAAACCAUUUAUUGUUGAAACAAGAUCAAUUAUACUAAGAUGUCCCUCGAUCUAUAUGAAUCAGUUGUUGAAUCUUUAUUUUAUGGUGAACUCGAGGACCAAAUGGAUAUUGAUCACAUGGACCGAACAAUCAAUGAGCUAUUGUCUCCUAUUUAUUCCUCAUCUUCAACAGAUCCUAUGAAUAAUUUGCGUGAUAAAUUAAAAUCUCAUGUGUUACAUGAUCAUAUUGAUUCUGCAGCACAUAAUAUCAUUACCUGCAGCCCUGAUUUGAGUACAGUUAGUGAGCAAGAUGAGAUUACUGAAACUCCAACAACGAAACUUAAACUCUUACAAAAUGCUACAAACAAUUUUCUCUACACUCCUCAAACGCAGAAAUCAUAUAAAAGUCUCAACACUUUUGAUAUUUUUGAUUCUGCUCAAGAUUCAGAUGCAGAAUGCAGUUCUUCAGAGAUAGAUAUAGAAAAUGGGAAUAGAAAACUUAAUCAAUUAUAUAAAGAAGCGCAAAGGGAACUUAGAGUUGAUGUUGGUUAUGAUGAUGAUGUAGUCAUUAAUGAACAGUUUCUCAAGAUAAGUCGUGUUGCACAUGAGCUUUCUACUGGAGCUAAUAUUGACUGUAUAUUUACACAAACAGAGCCAUAUUCAGAGAUUUUAAAUAAUAAUUUGGUUGAUAAUGAUAUGUCAAAGUAUAAUCCUGUUACGAAUACAGAUGCUUUUACUUUAAGAAUGUCAAAAUCUAAAACUGACUCUUUAUUAUGUAUUGCAAAUAAUAAUGAAGUUAAAUAUAAAAACCAUGUAGAGUCAUCUGUUCCUCAAUGUUCUGGAGAAAAGUCUGAAAUUGCUAUGAGUAGAUUUAUGAAUGAUGUUCAUAAUGAUAUUACAGCAUUAAAUACCAAAAGUAUUCAAAGAUCAUAUGAUUUUAAGUCAUGCAAGGAAAAUUUGCCAUCAGGUUAUAGAAGCUCUUAUCAUGAGGAUAUUGAGAAUGUGCAUUCUGAAAAACAUUCAAUUAGUUUAUUUGAAGAUGGAACAAAUGAAAUUGAUAAAAGAUGUAGUGAGUCGAAUCACCAAUAUGAGGAUGGUAGUUUGGAAAAUAUUGUAAGAGAAUUGAAUGUCUCUGAAUCCGGCUCUGAAGAAAAUAUUGACUCAUCUUUUACUACAAAUAAUAAUUACAUCACAGUUGUAGAUGAAUCCAUUGAACGACCUGAUAUUUCUGUUGUAUCAAAUUCUCAGAAAUCUAAUCGUUUUCCUAGUAAUUACAUUAAGAGUUUUUCUAAAAAACCCUCGGAAAUUAUCACAAUCUCAGAUACUUCAGAUGAUGAUUUAGAAGAAAUUGUACACUCUGAUAUUAUAUCAAAUUCCUUUCAAUUAUAUCAAGACAAUGCGAAGGAUAAUUUGCAAAAUCCAACUGUAAAUAAUAAUAUAAAAAUUCAAAAUAAAGACUCAGAAACAGAAAAUUCAGUAAUGGAUGCAAGUACUUAUAAAACCAUUCACUUACAAAAUAAUGAGCAGAUUAUUUCUACAAAAUGUAAUUCAUUAAAAACUUCCAUUAGCAAUUCUGAUAUCCAUAUUGAAUGUAUUAAUAAUAGCACUAUUGCAAAAUCACAAAAGAAAAGAAAGCCAAUUUUUCCAAGAAUCAUGUUAAGUCAAAUUAUUGAAAAUCGCCAGCAAUCUCAAAAAACGCAAUCUCUGAAACACCAUCAGUUUUCACAGCCAACGGUUAGACAGACUACAAAUUCUUCACAAAAUGUAAUGAGGAAAACGCAAUCAGACAUAUUAAAAGAUGUUGUUGAAAAAACAAGCAAUUUAAAUAUAAGAAAAAGUAAAAGUGAAAGUUCACUGACUUUUCACAAAAAAGUUAUAAAAUCAUCGCCUAAAAAAAGUGAGCAAUUUAAAGAGUUGGAGCAAACCACUUUUCAAAACCGCCUUGAGGAAUUACAAAAUGCUUAUAAUAUCAUGAACAAUAUUAGUAACAAUAAUUACCAUAAUGGAAAUGUGUCAAAUAAUUCAGAUAUUGCUAAUGAGACAACACAAAGCAUACCUAAUGAACUGCGCUUAUUAAAUACUGAUCAAAAUAUUGAAAUGCUAAAGAAGAAUAGGAAAGAUACAACUCAAUUUAUUUCUCCAAAAAUAAUUAGAACACCUAAGAAAAAAAAUCUGUAUAAUCCAUUAAACCCAAGUGCGCAUUCUGACUUAAAUUCUCAUGAAAAGUCACCAUCAUCUUCUUUAAUUGCGAAAACAAAUAACCGUCCCAAAACACCACCUGUUAAUGAACUUUACCAGGUUCCGAAGAUUCAGAUAGAAAGAUCUGAUUUGAUAACAUUCUCAUAUAAAACUCUGCAAAACAGUCAAGAGCAGAGAAAAAAUAAUAAAUCAGUAUACUCUGAUUUCACAGAUAGCCAAACAUUAAAUGAAACUAAAUCAAAGAAAGAAAAAAUUGUUAGGAAAAGAAAAAGUAAAAAGCGUCCUUUGGAUGUUUCAAAGACUUUAAGCGCGAAUAAUUUAGUUGAAAGACAAGACAAUAAUGAUGAACCAAUAAAUAAAAUUACAAAACGUACAUCAGCAGAUCGGAAUUCAAACACGAACAUUAAAAAUUCAUUGUCAGAAGUUCCUAAAAGAGUGACAAAACAUGGUCGAGAAGUUCCAUUAGUGUGUUAUAAGGAAUUAGAUGAGUCUUGUGACAUUUCAGUAUGUACUGAAGACAAUAAUAAUAAUUAUUCUGAAGUUGAUCAAUGUGAUAAAUCAAUUGGAGUUAAUGAAAAUGAUAUAACACACCUUACUAGUGACAGUGUACUAAAUAUGUUAAUAAUUGAAGUAGACAAAAAUAUUCAAAAACCUUGGAAUUUAAGUUUAUCUUUGAGCGAUUUAGAGUCUAUAGCUUCCUGCAAAUCUUCAAGUAGAGAACAUAAAAAAAAAGAUGAUAAACUACUAGAUAAUGUUACUAAUGAACAGUGUUUGGAAACAAAUUCUAACAAUGCCUCUUUCAAAUCUUCUGAUUUUAUGAAUAACAAUUCUAGUUUUGAUAAAGAAGCCAAUAAUUACAAUGAUGAUUUAGCAAAACGCGUUAUAAGCUCAAUGGACGAAAUUAUUGAAACACUACGUGAACAUAAUGUAGAAGAAGGGUGCCGUUCAGAAUACACAAGCAUUGCAAAUAGUAAUGUAUUAAGUCACACAACACAAGUGGGAGUAACAACUGAUAGUUUUGUUAUUUCUUCUAACUCGAGUACAAAGAAUAAAGGUGACUCUUUUCAAUCUAAUAAAAAUCAAUCUGAAGAAUUGGUUGAACAGACAAUAAAUAGAAUUGCAUCAAAUGAGAAAGAUAUUUUCAUGAAAUAUACAGAAAAUGCUACACAUCAAUCUAAAUCAUCUGAGGAAAACAUGAAUAUAAGUAAGAAUAAAGAUGCCAACAUGCUAGAAAUACCAAAUAAUCUAGGAAGUGAGAUAAAUCCUGUGACUACAACUAAUGAAAUAAUCACUGCAUCAGAAAAAAUAAAUUCACUGGAAUUUUCUUUGAAGCAACCUGCAGCAUCCUUAAAAAAUAAAUCUAUGCCACAAACUGUUGAAAACAAAAUCGCAUCGCCAGUUGCUUCUUCUGAAGUUUUCACUUUAAAUUCGAGGCGAAAAGUCAAAAGCAAAAAAAGGGUCAAACCAAGCAGUGUUAAUAAGAAAGUUUUGAGAAAAAAAUCAGUAAAAACAAAUAACACCAAAGAUACUGAAUUAUUGGUCAAAAAAAUAAGUGAAACAAAUAAUUAUAAUGAAAAAACUACAAAUAUUCCUGAAAUCGUCUAUGAAUUAUCAUCUGAUUCUGACACAGAUAUACCCAGGACAGAUUGUACUCGGUCAAUAACCAGUGAUAUUAUUCCAAACAUGAUAUUUAACGAGUAUAGUGCAAAGGCAUCUUCUGGGUAUCCUAGUGAUAUUACUGAACGGUGGAUUGAAAUGAACAGACAAUAUGCAAUUAAUAUGACUAUGAAUAAAUCUUUGACGAUAAAUACAGAAACAAAUUAUUUUUCUGUAAGUGCAGAUGUAAACGAUUGUGAGAGCUAUUGCAUUACCAAUCAGAAUGAUAAUAAUGAUGAUGAAACAUACAUAAAACCUGUUAGUCUUUCUGUAACAAAUUCAGGAACACCGAAAAACUAUAGCUCUGCUGUCUCAUCAAAUCACCAAACUCUAAGUCAUACUUCUUAUUCCAGUCCAUCACACUACCAUUCACUAGAUGAGGAUGAACAGCAUUCUGCUAAUGAGGAUUGUAUUCAACAAAUUCAAGGCAAAGGCACAGAAAAUAAUUUAUUAAUAUAUUCACAAAAUAACUCUUCUAGUUACAAUAACAAUUCUGAGAUUGUCGGCAUAAAGGCUGGCUGUAAAGUGAAAUCCUAUAUGACAAGCAAUAUUAUAAAACAUAAUAAUAUGCAUUAUGGAGAUACUUCAGCUAGUGAAAUUUCUCAUGAAUGUGGGAAAUCAUUAAAAACUAAUACUAAUUCUCAGAAAUCAAAUUUUAUCAGUGAAAUCAUUCUUAGCUCACAAAAUUCUUUGUCAAGAAGUGAUACUAUCUCAACGCUUAAUUCAUCAGAUACUGAAAACUAUUUUUCAACGGUUUCUGUAGAUAACAUGCUCUCCAUUGAAAACUAUACCACUAAAUGCUCCAAUAUUUCCUCUGAUAAUUCAAAUUGUGGCGAUCAUAAUUCUAAUACAUCUUUUGAGUCAUUUCACCCACAUUUAAGAAGAGGAAGAAUAUCAGCAUCAUCACAUCAUUCAGAAUUAGAAAAACAUGUUGAAUCCUCUACUAUAAUCCAACCAAUAAAUUUUUCAUUGAGUGACAUUGAAGAAAAUGAAUUAUCCGAAAGAGAUAAAGCAUUUGACCAACAAGAUAAUUUAUAUGAAUAUUCUUCUGAUGAGUUGACUGAUUCUACAAAUAGAACUGACACCAAAAAUCAUUUCAUAAAACAAGCAUUCAAACUUACACUGGACUCUAUCCAAUCAUUGCGUAAUAUACUUGAGGAAUCUAAUGAUUUAUUGAUGUCAAGUUUUGUUUCAAGUCCAAACUCAAAAUUACAGAAGAUUAUAGCUAUGAAAAACUCAUUGGAGAAAAUGCGUAUCAAAAUGAAUUCAAAAUGA